AUGUAUACGAGGGGAGAAGACCGCGUCGGCAUCAUCGUUGGAGUUUAUGUUGAUGAUCUAAUUGUAAUAGGUGAGGAUUCGGAAACAAUCGCUACAUUCAAGCAGCAUAUGAUGGUUGAGUUCGAGAUGAGCUACCUCGGCCUGCUCACCUAUUACCUUGAGAUUGAGGUGACACAAGGCGAAGAGGGUAUCCGGAUCAAGCAAACAGCAUAUGCCAAGAAUGUGUUAAUGCAAUUUGGUAUGCUUGAUUGUAAUCCCACAAAACUUCCCAUGGAACCAAAGUCGCAGCUGCACAAGGUUCCCGAAGGACAGCUAGUGGAUGCAACAGAGUAUCGACGAGUCAUCGGAUGUCUGAGGUAUCUUCUCCACACAAGACCAGAUCUUUCGUAUGCCGUCGGUGUAGCUAGUAGAUUCAUGGAGAAACCGACAGUGAUGCACCACAAGGCAGUGAAGCAUAUUUUGUGA